CGUCUCUUUCUCUCCCACAUUUUUUGGUGUUCCUUUUCUUUUCCUCUCCCUCACAUUCUCUCUCCUCGGUAGUUAGCUCUCCUUUUUCAAUGCCAUUUGAAGGCUGUUGACUGAACGGGUACGGAGAUUCCUCAGAUCUACAGUGAAACUGUGAAAGCCUUUCGCUCUUCUCACUCCCAAUUCUUCUUCUUCUUCUUUUUCUUCUUCGGAGGAGGGUGGCUUUUGUUCAACCGCUAAAAGUUGGUGACCUGAGCAGGAACUUCUGGCCAAAUAAAACUGCAGCAUAUUUUUCUGCAUUGGAUUUUCUCCGUGCUCUAUUAACUCUAUCUCCUGGAUGUGAAAUGUUGCACAAGAUAUGUUUUUGAGAUUGCUGAGAUGCAUAUACUGAAGUGGCAACCAUGGUUCAGUAGCAUUAGAAUGCCCAUCUACGUUUAGACAAAUGGUUUCUGAAAUGGAGAGUGGUCAUAUUGAAGAGAUGGACAUCGAAGUCCUCCCUUCAAUGUGGCCUGACGAUGUUGGAACUGAUGCUGGAAAGCAAUUCAAUGUAGAAAAGCCAAAAGGGGAUCAAGAUAUGUUGGAGGAGGUUACAAUCAUAGAUGAUGCAACAAUAGUUGAUUUCAAGCGUCUUUUAGAGCUAACGAAUUACACUGAGACGGGCUCUUCUCAGUUGGCAUACCUUGUUAAGCACUGGGAGUAUAAGCAGGCAAAUGCUGUACGUCUUCUCAGAGAAGAACUUGACAUUCUAAGCAAACAACGGGAGGAAGUUGAGCUAAAAAAAUUGGAGAUAUUGGAGGAGCAUCGGUUUGAGGAAGAAAGAUAUGGCGGUGAUAAACGUCCAAUAUCUAUACUGGAUGAAGUUUAUGAUCUAUGGCAAGACGUUCCCCGCAGGAAAAAUGAUGUUAUUGUCCAGAAUAAGAGAGUUGAAAUAGAUGCUGAGUAUGAUACUGUUGUAUACUGGAAGCAGCGGGCUAUGCAUUUAGAGAAAUUAUUGGAGGCAAGUACUCAGAGAGAGCAGAUACUCAUUGAGAAGUUACAGGAAAGCAUAAAAGAUCUUGAAAGGCAGUCCUCACCUGUGGAAGAAUUGUCCCAGAUUCUGAAAAGAGCAGAUAAUUUCUUGCAUUUUGUACUUCAAAAUGCCCCCGUUGUCAUUGGCCAUCAGACAAUUGGUAUAAAUUAUAUGGGAAUGGAUGUAACUGACCAGGUAAGAAAACGAGAGAGGAUGGCAAAACUUCGAGAGGAAAUAGCAGUACAAAAGGCCAAGGAAACAGAACUGAACAAAACAAUUCAUAUAACAGAGGAGACAAUGCGAGCAAAACAAAUGCUAGCUACAAUGUCCCAUGAGAUAAGAUCUCCUCUAUCUGGAGUUGUUAGCAUGGCUGAGAUUCUUUCCACCACAAAAGUUGAUCAGGAGCAACGACAACUGUUGGAUUGCAUGCUAUCUUCUGGAGAUUUAGUUCUUCAACUUAUAAAUGACAUUCUUGACCUUUCGAAGGUUGAGUCAGGAGUUAUGAAGUUGGAAGCUACAAAAUUUCGGCCUAGACAGGUAGUAAAGCAUGUGCUUCAGACUGCCGCAGCAUCAUUACAGAAAAUUUUGACCUUGGAAGGACAUGUAGCAGAUGAUGUUCCUGUAGAGGUCAUUGGGGAUGUUCUAAGGAUUCGACAAAUUCUCACCAACUUGAUCAGCAAUGCUAUCAAGUUUACUCAUGAAGGAAAAGUUGGGGUAAACCUUUAUGUGGUACCAGAUCCAUCUUCUGUAAAGGGAGAAGGAUGCCAUCAGAAGUUGACUGCAGAUGAGUCGACAUGUUCAGCAAAUGGACGAAAAGAAGAGAAAUGCCUAUCAACAUCUCGAACUAUUGGUGAUUGGAAAGGUACCCAUGGUCAAAGACACAUUGAAGGUCCUUGCCAAAAUCAUCCAUCAUGUGAUGAACCUAGAACCCCACAUAAGAGUAAAGUCUCAGUAGAUGGAGAUAAUGAGGAGCAACCUCAUUCUCCUGAAACAAAAGUCUGGAUACGCUGUGAUGUGUAUGACACAGGAAUUGGAAUACCAGAAACUGCUUUACCUACACUAUUCAAGAAGUACAUGCAAGUUAGUGCGGAUCAUGCCCGAAAGUAUGGUGGGACUGGACUAGGACUAGCAAUAUGCAAACAACUGGUUGAGCUGAUGGGAGGUCAUCUUACGGUGUCGAGCCAAGAACACUGUGGGUCGACUUUUACGUUUGUACUACCAUACAAGGUUUCAACCGCAUCUGAUCAUUCUGAUGAUCCUGAUGAGCUCUCAGAUAUGGCUGAUCAUAAUGCGGCAACUGAUGAAGCUACUGAGAGAUUUUUCCAAUUUCAGCCUCGCACUUUGGGUUCACUAUUCUCGUCUAAUGGGUCCAGCAGGACUAAUAUGGGGUAUACCAGGUCACAUAAACUCAAUGGGUUCUCAGACAAUUCUUACUCAUUUCCCUCUAAUAGUGUCAGAUCAAAGGAGACGGCUUCAGUUGAGGAGGCAUGUUCUGUGGUUGAUGAUGCAGAGACACUAUGUCAACCAGAGAGUUCAUCAAGCCAUAGCCCAGACCCUGCUAACCGGGAUACAGUUUGUAGAGGCAAACAGUGUCAAGAUGACACAAGUUCUCAGUUCCAAAAUCCUAUUAUAGAUUCCACUCAUCACAAAGAAACAAGCAGAGAAGUCGCUGUAGUGGCAAAGACAAGAGAACCCCAAGGAACAUGUCAGAGGCAGGAGAAAUCUGAUGCAAGUUCCCAGUGCAUUUCUAGCAGCAGUACGGAAGUACCCAAAUCAACAUUAAAACCUAAGAUCCUUCUUGUUGAAGAUAACAAGACCAUCGUAAUGGUGACACAGUCAAUGAUGAAGCUGUUAGGCCAUAGCAUAGAUGUGGUGAAUAAUGGAGUUGAAGCUGUGUGCGCAGUUCAGCAUCAUAAUUACGAUCUCAUUCUCAUGGAUGUCUGCAUGCCAGUUAUGGAUGGCCUUCAAGCUACAAGACUAAUUCGUUCUUUUGAGGAAACUGGCAAUUGGGAUGCUGCAGUGAAGGCUGGAAUUGACCAAGCUUUGUUGUCUUUGGAUUCAUUACAAAAUGGUCUGGGUUCUACACCAUCUGCAAUGCGGAGACCCAUCAUAGCGAUGACAGCAAAUGCAUUGGCAGAGAGUGCAGAUGAGUGUUUGGCAAAUGGUAUGGACUCAUUCGUGUCAAAGCCUGUAACUUUGCAAAAAUUGAAAGAGUGUCUUGCAAAAUAUCUACCAUCAUGAUAUCUCUUGUAAAUUAAUGCUUGUGUAUAAAAAUGAAAGCGUGUUAGGAAAGUUUUGUAACCAAUAUGCAUCAUGUUCUUCUCAACAGUUAGUAUCUCCUCAGAAGCUGUAUAGGUCUAUGUCAUAUUCUUUUUUGUCUCUCUCCAAGAGCCUUUCACAUUGUUUUUCUAAGGAGGGGAGGCAUCUAUGAACUUUAGUUAGGAAUUAGGAAGUGAAAGCAAAGGCAUAAAGUGAUAAUUUUAUGAAAAUAUAUAUGCUGGCAUCAAAGAUGAUUGGAUAUCUC